GGAACCGUGAGCUCUUGUUUUGGCUGUGGACUCCAGUACGCUUUGGUGCGUCGGGUUCUAGACGCCUGCCGAAAUCGUGGGCGGGGUGUGAAACCCUGGUAUCUGAGCUUGGUUUAAGGACUGGAAGUCGCGCUCAUAGCCACUGGAGGGAGCGGGUACCUCGACCCCAAUAAGAGCCCAAAUGGCACAGUGGCUGAUGCUGCAGAAUCUUGACAGACCCUUUCUGGACCAGCUACACCAUCUCUACUCACAAAGCCUCCUGCCAAUGGAUAUUCGGCAGCACUUGGCUGCCUGGAUUGAAGACCAGAACUGGAAGGAAGCUGCACUAGGCAAUGAUAAUUCCAAGGCCAACCUGCUGUUCUUCCACUUUCUGGACCAAUUGAACUAUGAAUGUGGCCGCUGCAGCCAGGAUCCUGAUUGCUUGUUGCUACAACACAACUUGCGAAAAUUCUACCGAGACCUUCAGGCCUUUCCCCAGGGUUCUACCCAGUUGGCUGAGAUGAUCUUUAAUCUCCUUCUGGAAGAACAAAGAAUUCUGAAUCAGGCUCAGAGGGUUCAACUAGUGGAGCAAGGCAAGCCAGAUCUUGAAGCACCUGUGGAAAGCCAACAGCUUGAGAUUGAAUCCCGGAUCCUGGAUUUAAGAACUAUGAUGGAGAAGCUGGUGAAAUCUGUCAGGCAACUGAAAGACCUGCAGGAUAUCUUCAGCUUCCGAUACACAAUUCUUAACCAAGGGAAGACACCCUCUGGACACCCCCACUGGAGCAAAGAGCAUCAGCUUGUGCAGAAAACUGCUAAUGAAUUGGACAAAAGGAGAAAGGAGGUACUGGAUACCUCCAAAGCACUGGUAGGCCGGUUAACUACCCUAAUCGACCUACUGCUGCCAAAGUUGGAUGAGUGGAAAGCCCAGCAGCAAAAAUCCUGUAUUGGUGCCCCACUGGACCAUGGGUUGGAACAGCUGGAGAAAUGGUUUACAGAAGCAGCAAAGCUGUUGUUUCAUCUGCGGCAGUUUCUUAAGCAGCUAAAGGAAUUGAAUCGCAUGGUUAAAUAUGAGGGUGAUCCUUUUAAAAAGGGGGUGGACCUGCAGAAGGCCCAAGUCACAGAAUUGCUACAGCGUCUCCUCCACAGAGCCUUUGUGGUUGAAAAGCAGCCCUGCAUGCCCCAAACUCCCCAUCGACCCCUUAUUCUCAAGACGGGGAGCAAGUUCACUGUCCAAACAAGGCUGCUGGUGAGACUCCAGGAAGGCAAUAAAUCUCUGAUGGCGGAAGUCUCCAUUGACAAGUCAGUUGGGACAUGUGAAGGGAAUCCUCCUCAGUCACAAGGCUUCCGGAAGUUCAACAUUCUGACCUCAAACCAGAAAACUUUGACUCCGGAGAAGGGACAGAGGCAGGGCUUAAUUUGGGAUUUUGGCUUCUUGACGCUGGUGGAGCAACGUUCUUCUGGUUUCGGAAAGGGCAUCAAUAAGGGGCCAAUGUCUGUGACAGAGGAAUUGCACAUAAUCAGCUUCACAGUUGAAUAUGUCUACCAGGGUCUGAAGAUGGAGCUGAAAACCGACACUCUCCCUGUGGUGAUUAUUUCUAACAUGAACCAACUCUCCAUUGCCUGGGCCUCCAUUCUCUGGUUCAAUCUGCUCAGCCCAAACCCCCAGAACCAGCAGUUCUUCUCCAAUCCCCCGGAUGCUCCCUGGAGUUUGCUGGGCCCUGCUCUCAGUUGGCAGUUCUCUUCCUAUGUUGACCGAGGCCUCAAUCCAGAGCAGCUGGGCAUGCUGAGGGACAAGCUCUUUGGACCGAACUGUAGAAUGGAGGAUGCAUUGUUGUCCUGGACUGACUUCAGUAAGCGAGAGAGCCCCCCUGGCAAGAUACCAUUCUGGACAUGGCUGGACAAAAUUCUGGAGCUGGUGCAUGACCACCUGAAGGAUCUCUGGACUGAUGGACGCAUCAUGGGCUUUGUGAGUCGGAGCCAGGAGCGCCGGCUGCUGAAGAAGACCAUCUCUGGCACCUUUCUACUGCGCUUCAGUGAAUCUUCAGAAGGGGGAAUUACCUGCUCCUGGGUGGAGCACCAGGAAGAUGAUAAGGUACUCAUCUGCUCUGUGCAGCCUUACACCAAGGAGGUGCUGCAGUCACUCCCACUGACAGAAAUCAUCCGCCACUACCAGCUACUUACUGAGGAGAACAUCCCAGAGAACCCAUUGCGCUUCCUCUAUCCCCGAAUCCCCCGUGAUGAGGCGUUUGGGCGCUACUAUCGGGAAAAAGUUAAUCUCGAAGAACAGAGGAAGUAUCUGAAGCAUAGGCUCAUUGUAGUCUCUAACAGACAGGUGGAUGAGCUGCAACAACCACUGGAACUUGAACUGAAGCCAGAACUGGAGCCAUUAAAUUUGGAGUCAGGGCUGGCACCAGAGCCAGAGCUAGGGCUGGACCUGGAGUUAGGACCAUUGCUGGAGGCAAGGCUGGACCUGGGUGCAGAGCUGGAGCACAAGCUGGAGCCCUUGCCAGAGCCCAAACUAGACCUGGUCUUACAAAGAAUGCCAGAACCAGACCUGAGACCUGUAUUACAGCCAGUGCUGGAGCCAGAUUUGCCCUGUGACCUGCGACACUUGGAUACUGAGGGAAUGGAAAUCUUCAGAAACUGUAUAAAGAUUGAUGAUAUCAUGCCACAUGGUGACCCGCUGUUGGCUGGCCAGAACACGAUGGAUGAGGCUUACAUCUCCUGCCCCAGCCAUUUCGACACAGAUGAACCCUUGAUUACUUCUGAUUACUAGGACUACAUUUCUUGUUAUUUCUAUAUCUUUUGCCCCUCUUUCCUCCCCCAUCAUGAUGGUGCUCUCCAAGGAUGGAAAUCAGACAUUCUAAGGUAGAUUAACCAUGAGGUUGAGAGUGAGAAGUGAAAGCACAAUAUGGGUAUGAAAGGGGCACCAAAGACUCAGAACAGAUGCUAGCCAUAGUUCUGAAUAGGAUCCCGGAGGCUGUCUGCUCUCUUGGGAGGUAUAGGGGUCCUAAGGGUAGGCCAGGACGGUUGGGAGGUUCUUGAAGGGCCCAGGGCAGUAGCUUCUUUUCAGUAUGAAAGGAUUUCAAUAUUUUAAUAGUUGGUAGGGUGGGGAGCACAGACACAAGAUAGAAUUCCGUAUUUCUCUGUGUCCCUCUCCCUCUCCUUUCCCCCUUUCUCCCCUCCUCACUUUUGUCUCUUUCUCUUUUUUUUGUCUCUCUGCUGGGUAUUAUCAAACCCAGGGCAAGUGCUCUUACCACUGAGCUAUACCCCUAGCCCUUCAUUUCUUUCUCUGGUUCCUUCAUGUCUAGUAUAACCUUUUUCUUUCUUCUUCCCUUCACUCCAUUCCUAACUCCAGUCCUAAAUUUCUUCUUUUCAUUUAGGGACUGAGCACUUUCUGUCUUAGCCCACCAUGUGAAGCUCUGCCCUGAGGAAGGGUGUAGGAGAUAGAACUCUUUUUUCCAGUCUCCUGCUCUUCUCUGCCCCAUAAACUGCCUACAUCCAUUCCUUAUAAAAUAAUCCUGCCACUAUAAUGUGGCAGCAAAACUUUGCACGCUACUUUAGGCUGCUUAGUCUCCACCUCCCCAGGCUUAAGAGACAAAGCACUCCUGGAGGCUGGGGUGGAGGGUUACUGGGAAUUUGAGAAUUGCUUUUUUUAUAGUAUUAGGUAGAAUUUGGUGUUUUUAUAAGAGAAAGAAAAGCACUGGGUCUUAGCUAGUUUACUAAUAAGAUAUCAUCCCUUCUUUUGUACAAUACAUUGUUUACCUGAAAAGAAGAUUUUUCUAUUCCUUGAGUGUGGGCCAAAUUCUUGAAGGCUUCUGAUAAGGCUCUGGGCAUUCUCAUACCUUAGCCAUUCCUGGGGAUCCCUAAGGGCAACUGCCAUUGCUCUAAGGUGUGUUUCUAUGUAACUUGAGAUGUAAACAAAAGUUAGGCCCUGCACAUGUGGCUGUUCAGUCCUGUUCAGAAAUGGGCCUUUUUGAGCAUAAGUGACUAAUAAACUUUGUGCUGACCUGGAAGUAUCUUAUCUCAGAAUUUCUUUACUUCUCUGCUCACAAAUACUAAUGUCCUUAAGGACAUCAACAUCAAAUCAUGGCCUCUCUUCCACCUGCUCUACUGUGCUCUGCCUGCCAUGUUUCUUCUUCCCUCCCUAUU